AAUGACUGAAAACAGAUGCUCGGUGGAUCCCCUUCCUUGAGACAGGAUGGAGUAUUUGUCUGGGGUUUGUACCUGGAGGGGGCCGGUUGGGACAAGAAGAACUCAUGUCUGGUAGAAGCAGAACCCAUGCAGAUGGUCUGUCCCAUCCGGACCACACACUUCAAACCUGUCGAGAACCGCAAGAAGAUGUCCAAGAGUAUUUACCUGUGUCCAUGUUUCUACACGCCGGUCCGAUCAGGCAGGGCGGUGCUCAGUGUGGAGCUUAAAGCUGGAGCCGUGACCCCGGACCACUGGGUGAAAAGAGGAACUGCUCUACUCAUGAGCCUGGACACAGAAUAAAUUAUAUUUACAAGAUCGA